UGAGUGCUAUUCAAAGAUGUCGUUGUUAGUAACUUGCGGAGAAUUUUCAGUUUGGACUUCUUUCGUGACACGUGUUAACAAGAAAAUUGCACGAAAGGGAUAUAUCAAUAGAAAACCGUGAAAUGUUAACAUAUAUUUUUGUAAAUAUUAGUGGUUUAUGAUCAUAAUUAUAAGAAAAGAAGAAACUAUUUAUAUUACCAAUUCCGGUAACCACAUAACCUAAUUAUAAUUUUAGCAAUCGAAGUAAAGAAUGCUUUCAACUAAGCAUAAUGUUAAAUCGACUUUACUUUGCGGGUCUGCGGAAUUAAACAAAUCUUUUAUGUUCGAGGUUUUCCUUCACAGGCAGCAAUUUACUGGGCCGAAGAAGGACACCGCGUCGUUUACAUUACACCAACCCCGUUGGAUAGCCUGCCGGCUGCCUGUCACGACAGAAGUAAUCCAGUACCCGCGGCUUUCAAGCUGAUGAGAUUUAUGUACUUAGAAACUUACGAGAUGCUAGUAGAAAAACUGACCAAAUUGCACACAUUCGCCACCUUGCCUACCGUACUCCUAAUCGACGACUUCGACAACUAUACUAAGGAUUACAAAAAAACCGAGGCAAUACGAGAUAUACACAUAGCCAAGAUGUCUGCAUUGAUCUUCGACACAAUGAAUACUUGUUCACGAAUUUUAGGGAAGACUGUAUACAUAUGUGGUUGGACAUUUUCAAUGACGAAUGACGUUACUACUUAUUCGAUCUACUUCCAAAAUAUAUGGAAUAUGACAAACGAGGAAGACACUAGAAUGAUAUUGUUGGAAAAAUAUGGAUGCCAAAACUUUUCUGAAAAAUGUCCAUCUUAUAGGUACAGGAAACUUCAAGAUGGAACACGGGAAAUCGGGCUAUCUCACCGGAAAUUACCCUGGUAUAACCGUGCGAAACGAGAAGCUACCAACAAACGACCAACACCGAAAAGGAUAAGUGCACCGGGCGGCAAGGAUCUGGCGUCCUAUUGUCUGGUUCUUCGGUUCAAGCAGGUCGAGAGCCCAUUCUCGGGGUGGGGAUCCCCCUUAUAGACUGAACUGUCCUGUCCAGUCGUUCGAAUUGGUCCGAAACAAUCUGAAACUGUCAGGACUACUAGUCCCGUGGGCUUCUCCUGGUAAUAAAUGGAAACUCGUCGGGACCGUAAACAUCGGCGACGGCAAAAGAAGAAGAAAGAAAACGUAUUUUAACGAGACUCCUGGAGUCCAACCCACUACACAUUAGGGACACUAGCGGAUAAGGAAACUGAAUUACAGAACCCGUCAUCUGCAAUCCAAUAUGGAAAUGAAGAUGUUUGAAAAGUAAUUGAUACGACGAAUUAAUAUUAUUCUUUUGUAACAAAGACGAAUGGUGUGACAACGAAUUAUUAAUGGUUCGGUGUCAUAGUUCUCAAGUUGCACUGACAUUUAGUUUCGUGCGUUAGCAAAUAUUUUUAUAAUUGUUUCCAAGUAAUUGAGAAGCUCCAGUCAUCGGUGACCACCGUGGCGGGCAACAUGUUAAUAUUCGUUAGACAAAUCGCAUAUUCAUCACCUGGUUGCAAAUUUGAUAUCGAUCAGUCGAAAUUAUCGAGUAUCAAGUGAAAGACGAACAUGUGCAGGGAGACGAGAAUGAUGAUCAUUACAGGGUAGGAAAAUUGUAGGGUUAUGCUGAGAGGUUUGCAUGGCCACGAAUGGACCAGUCGACACCGUCGUCGGUCCAGGAUCACCGAAACAACGGUAAACCACCGUCUGAGUGUCCCGAUGAGCAGUAGGAAAGAGACAAAGGACGGUGGAUGCGAGAUGAGAAGAAAGGAGGAUAGAGAAUGAGAAAAAGAGAAGGGGGAUGAGCGCGGUGAGGCGACGGGAGAGGAAGGGAGGAUAAAAGGAGGGAAAAGGAGAGGAUAUCGCAUACCUGAGUGAACAGGUGUGCCAGAGUGGACGACGAAGUGAGUCGCUGUCCAGCCGACGGCGGCUUGACCAACGAGUAGCCUGUUAAGUCCCUUCUUGGACGGCGAACAGGCACGCAAUCAUUGGCUGAGCUCAGAAUUCGCAACCACUUCGCAGUGGAAUUCCCCUCAAGAAAGGAAUAUCACCGCCAAAACUAAAACUGUCCGCGAUGCCAAUUAGAUUUUGCAUACCGGCGACUCAAAAAAUUGGACUGUCCUUUGCUGUUCGAAUUUUUAACGUUACACCAAUUUUAUAAAAUGAGAUUUAACGAGAUUUCUUUUUAAAAUUAAGUAUUGUUUUAUUACUA